UUUUGUAGCGAUCUUGCCCAAAUUGAAGAUCUCAAAACUAAUUUCGGUGGUUUAAGGCGUAUAUGACAUUUCCUUCCCCAAAUUUUGAAGCCGAAACUUCCCUCCCCAAAACCCUAUAAACAGUUCGAAAGAAUUGGAUAGUUUUGAGCCCCAGCUAGUCAAACAAUGGACAAAUCGCAGGAUUCGGAAUCAGACAGCCUCGAUCGACUGAGUGAGUUGCCCGAUUCCUUAAUCAUUUCGAUUCUUUCGUUGUUGUUGUCGACGAGAGAUGUUAUUAGGACAACCAUUCUCUCGAAACGUUGGAAAGAUGUGUGGACCACCGUCCCCUGCCUUUAUUUCCAGGAUCGUCCAACUAGUUCAGAUGCGCAGCGGAACUUUAUUUCUGGGGCUCUCGCACAGUGGAAAGGUGCCAAGAUUCAGAAAUUCGGCAUAUUUUAUCAUCUAGAUUCUGAUUGUUAUACCCAUGCUACUCAAUAUUCUUCUGAUAGUGAUACAGAUUCUACUGAACAUUUAUCUGAAACUAGUAGGGAGUUUGAUUCGUGGCUGCUUCUUGCAAUCGAAAAACAAGUGGAAGAGCUAAUUAUAGAUAUGGGAUGUUACGUAUAUCAUCGUUUUUGUCAGCGGGAGUGUGAAUACUGCGCACCUCAGAGUUUGUAUUCAUGCUCAUCGAUUACAAAAUUAUCUCUUUUUCAAUGUAAGUUGAUUAUUGAGGGGAAUGUGCAGUGGAACCAACUCAAGAGUUUAACAAUUGAUGGUGUUGAAUCGUGGAGCGAAGACACCAUGAACCGAGUUAUUUCUGGUGCUCCUCAGUUGGAAAAGUUGAAUUUGACCUUUUGGAAAAUUCUAGAAAACCUCAAUAUCCGAUCAAGUAGUUUGAAGAAACUCGAGAUCAGUGGUGAUGGUAUGAAUUUUUUAACUGAAAUCAAGGGAGAGCUGACAAUUUGGGCUCCUAAUCUCACGAAUUUAAAGAUUUCGGGUUAUGUUUAUGGUGCUUGUUUGUUGGAUGUCCCGUCUCUGACUAACGCACAUCUUUGUUGUCGAAUCCUUGAGGAUGAAAUGAAACGUGGGGACUUUUCGUCUCAUGAAAUGCUUGAUCAAGUUUUUCCAAGCGUCUGUCAUGUUGAGAAGGUCACAUUAUCAGAGGCGUGCAUUAAGUUUCUUCUGUACAUGAAGGAGAACGGUGUGCUUGUGCUGUUCCCAAACGCGAAGUUUCUAAGUGUCUACGCUGGCGAAGUCAAUAAUCGUUGCCCUAAGAAAGAUCCUAUCCUGAAGAUGUGUGAAAUGCUUGCUGUUUUUGAGAUGUUUCCUAACUUGAAGAAGUUAAUCACUGACCACGAGGAGGGUGAAAUGAGGUUGGUUUUUGAAGAGCCUAAGGCUAGUUUUCCUAGUUCCUCUCUUCCCCAACUGAAGACAGCUGAUAUCUCUUGGUGUAUACACGAUCCCUCACUACUUCCAGCGGUAGGGAUUCUGUUAAAAAGCGCUCAUGUGCUUGAGAAGAUGGUUCUUAAACUAUAUAUGCACGGAGUUGAUCCUAAGAAGUUUAUUUUGGCAAAAAAGAAGGUGCUGAGGAUGCCGAGAUCCUCUCGUGCGGCACAGGUGAUUGUCAUUUCAGAACGUUUUUUCUAAAUAUAACCAUCACACAGGCGGGACCUCUACACCACACGAAGGUGGGGAAAUGACCGUGCGGACAGGUGAUUUGCAUCUAUGCGACGCCUUAAUACUUCCAUUCUAAAAAAUUAUUUUGCAAAAUGCUUGCGUGCUCGAGGAGAUUGUGUUUCGAUGGAAGGGAAAUCCAGAGAUGUUGCCUUGGUUGCCAGAUUUAUGGACAUCCUACCAAACAACAGAGCUCAUCUUUAUCAAAUACUUGUAUUGAUCAAUUGGCACUCGCUUUUGGUUUUAUGCAGUUGGUUUGUUAAUUUGAUUU